GCCCCCCGCUGCCCCCGUCCGGCCCACGCCCAGAGGCCGCCCCGGAGGCCUCCGCCAAACGCCAGGUCUGAACAAAAUUAAGAAGAAGGAGCUUCUACAAUCGCAGCAGAUGAAGAUCCACUGGUAAAUCGAUCAGGAUUUUUGGCCUGCCCUCCAAAGAAAAGGAGCGGAAAGAAUGUCGGAGCGGGCCGCGGAUGACGUCAGGGGGGAGCCGCGCCGAGCGGCGGCGGCGGCGGCGGCGGCGGGCGGAGCAGCGGCCGCGGCUGCCCGGCAGCAGCAGCAGCAGCAGCAACAGCAGCCUCCGCAGCCCCAGCGACAGCCGCCGCCGCCGCCGCGGCGCCUACGGCCGGAGGACGGCGGCCCCGGGGCCGCCUCCACCUCGGCCGCCACCGCAAUGGCGACCGUCGGGGAGCGCCGGCCCCUGCCCAGUCCCGAAGCGAUGCUGGGACAGUCGUGGAAUCUGUGGGUCGAGGCUUCCAAACUUCCUGGGAAAGACGGGACGGAAUUGGACGAAAGUUUCAAGGAGUUUGGGAAAAACCGCGAAGUCAUGGGGCUCUGUCGCGAAGACAUGCCAAUAUUUGGUCUCUGUCCAGCCCACGAUGAUUUCUACUUGGUGGUGUGUAACGACUGUAAUCAGGUUGUCAAACCGCAGGCAUUUCAAUCACAUUAUGAAAGAAGACAUAGCUCAUCCAGCAAGCCUUCUUUGGCCGUUCCUCCCACUUCAGUAUUUUCCUUCUUCCCUUCUCUGUCCAAAAGCAAAGGAGGCAGUGGAAGUGGAAGCAGCCGUUCUUCCAGUGGAGGUGUUCUAAGUGCAUCCUCGUUAAGUUCCAAGUUGUUGAAAUCGCCCAAAGAGAAACUGCAGCUCAGGGGGAGCAGGCCAAUGCAUCCCAUUCAGCAAAAUAGAGUCCCCCAUGGUAGAAUCAUGACGCCCUCUGUCCAAGUGGAAAAGAUUCCUCCGAAGAUGGAUGGCGCACUACUGAAAUCUGCGGUAGGGCCAGUCUGUCCUGCUGCUGUGAGUUCCUCAGUCAAGCCUGGCCUUAACUGCCCCUCAAUACCAAAGCCAACCUUGCCUUCGCCUGGACAGAUUCUGAAUGGCAAAGGGCUUCCUGCACCGCCUACGCUGGAGAAGAAGUCAGAAGAUAACUCCAAUAACAGGAAAUUUUUAAAUAAGAGAUUAUCAGAAAGGGAGUUUGAUCCUGACAUCCACUGUGGGGUCAUCGAUCUCGACACCAAGAAGCCCUGCACCCGGUCUUUGACAUGCAAGACACAUUCCUUAACCCAGCGGAGGGCUGUCCAGGGUAGAAGAAAACGAUUCGAUGUGUUGUUAGCCGAGCACAAAAACAAAACCAGGGAAAAGGAAUCGAUUCGCCAUCCGGACUCUCAGCAACCAACGCAGCCUCUCAGGGACCCGCAUCCCACUCCUCCUAGAACUUCACAGGAGCCACACCAAAACUCUCACGGAGUGAUUCCUUCCGAAUCAAAGCCUUUCGUAGCUAGUAAACCUAAACCUCACACCCCUAGUCUUCCAAGGCCUCCAGGCUGUCCUGCUCAGCAAGGUGGGAGUGCCCCCAUUGACCCGCCUCCAGUCCAUGAAUCUCCACACCCUCCCCUGCCUGCCACUGAGCCAGCUUCUCGGUUAUCCAGUGAGGAGGGAGAAGGCGAUGACAAAGAAGAGUCUGUUGAAAAACUGGACUGUCAUUAUUCAGGUCAUCAUCCUCAGCCAGCAUCUUUUUGCACAUUCGGGAGCCGGCAGAUUGGAAGAGGCUAUUACGUGUUUGACUCCAGGUGGAAUCGGCUUCGCUGCGCCCUCAACCUCAUGGUGGAGAAGCAUCUGAACGCGCAGCUGUGGAAGAAGAUCCCGCCAGUGCCCGGUGCCGCGUCGCCCGUCUCCACACGUGUUCCUCACCGGAUGAACUCUGUGCCCACAGCACACUGUGGGGUCAGCCACCUGGCAGCAGCCACCGUGUCUCCCUCCCCUGUCCCGCUGUCGUCCUCCUGCAUCUCCCCCAGUAGCAAGUCGGUACCAGCUCAUGGAACCACGCUGAACGCACAGCCCGCCGCCUCCGGGGCCGUGGAUCCCGUGUGCAGUAUGCAGUCCCGACAGCUGUCCUCCUCCUCGUCCUCCCCCUCCACGCCCUCCGGCCUGUCCUCCGUGCCCUCCUCCCCCAUGGCCAGGAAACCUCAGAAGUUGAAAUCUAGCAAGUCUUUAAGGCCCAAGGAGUCUUCUGGUAACAGCACUAACUGUCACCACGCGAGUAGCAGUGCCGGCAGCAGUGGCUCAGGAAAGAAACGCAAAAACACUUCCCCGCUGUUAGUCCCGCCCCUCUCCUCCUCCUCCUCCUCCUCUUCCUCCUCCUCCUCCUCCUCCUCUUCCUCCUCCUCUUCCUCUUCUUCUCAUUCCAUGGAGUCUUUUAGGAAAAACUGUGUGGCUCACCCUGGGCCUCCCCACCCCGCGGCGGUAGCCUCUCCCCACGGCGUCGGCCUCAACUGUGUGGCCGGCAGAGCGAACUCGGUGAGCGGCCGGCACGAGCAGCCCGGGCGGGGCGUCCCCGGCGGGAGCCCCGGCGAGUCCAUCAAGAGGAUGAGCGUGAUGGUGAACAGCGGCGACUCCACACUCUCCCUCGGCCCCUUCGUGCACCAGGCCGGCGAGCUGCCCGUCAGCUCUCACGGCGCCUGCUCCCACCCACACACUCCUCUGGACAAGCUCCUAGGCAAGAAAAGAAAGUGCUCGCCUGGCUCGAGCGGCAUCAACAGCAGCAGCGGCAGGCCCACCAAGGUGGCUAAACUGCCAGCCGUGAACAACGUCCACGUGAAGCACGCGGGCCCCAGCCCGGGGCCGCCAGGACUGGCAAACAGCUCCCUCCUGCAUCAGGUUUGUCAACAAAGGGAAGUUGAUAGAUUGAGAAAUACAUUCUGUUUGUACUGUUUGAUGGCAUAUGGUCAGUUUUCGUUAGAGAUAACCUGGACCUGGACAGCAGGAGGCUAUCCCAGUUCACGGAAUGGGGGCUGGCAGUCUUGGAUGCUAGCCUGUGGGAAGUGACCAGCAGAAAGGCAGGGUGAGGCCAUUCUAGGCAGAGGGAGCACGCUGGGCUGACACAGGGCCCUCCAAUAAAUGUGGAAGACAGAAUGGACAGGUGAGAACCUUGGGACAAAAAUCAUUCAUAAAGCUGUUGCAGUGAUCCAGGUAAGAGCUAUUAAGUUUCCAAACUAAGGCAGUGACCAUGUGGAUAAAGUGGGGACGGAUUCCAGAGAUCUCUUAAAGGUAGAACCAAUAGAACUUGAGGUCUCAUUGAACGUUCAAGGGAAGAUUGAGUCUAAGAUAACUUUAGAGAUUUCUAGCUUGGCCAAACUGGUUGAGGAGCCUUAACAUGAAAUACAUGGUAUGGCGAUAGAGAAGGGAAAACAUACUAUAAUGAAUUUGAGUUGCCCAUGGGAAAUUCAAGUGUAGUACCCAGUGGCUAUUUGUGUAGUCUGGAGCUUAUGAGAGAGGUUUGAGCCUAAAUAGAAUUGGAGGGUUGUCUUUCACUGGGAGUGGAUGAGUUCACCUAGGAAAAUAGGUAGCUAUCUGGCUUAUUAUUAGUUAAAAUAAUACUCAUCAAGUCGAAGGCCUAAUGUGCCAGAUACGGUACCAAGCACUUUAUCUGCCUUCUCUCUCACAGAGCCCUGAACAGAGUUGGUAGUUUGAUCCUAAUCAUACUGAUGAGGAACUUCUAAAAAGGUAGGUGUCUUGCCUAAGGUCCCACAAUGAGUUAGGGGUAUUGCCAGGCUUUGAACUCAGGUCUGUCAGAUCAGUGGUUCUUAAAUCUUUUUUUCUUUUUUUCCUUCCUUCCAUAGAUUCUCAGAAUCACAUGAAAGAAAUCAUAGGUUCUCUCUGACAGAGGCACAGGCACCCCACAUUUUAUUUUAUGUUCCAUUUCCAGGAUUUCACAAACUUGAAGCCCAUGCUCCAUGGCCCAGAGAGAGAAGGCAGCCAAAGACGAAACCCUGGAGAAGAGAGUAUUGUGGAUAACUGGAAUCGGUAUUGAGAUGAAAAGUUAGAAGAACCUGGGCAGGGAGAUUGCCAAAGAAUUAAAAAGUAUGAGUGUGGCUAAGUGAUGGCCUUGCCUGCAUUUUCAAGGAAGAACUGGAAGCUGCCAUGUGAUUAACGGAGGCUGCUGAUCAUCAACCCCAGGUGUACGAUACGGGGGUAGGACCAGGACAGCAAACUCAGAUGGCAGUGGAGACAGGCAGGUGCUGUAAGGUAACAAACAGGGGCAGGCCGGGCGAACAGGGCCUGCUGGAGGAGAUGUGCUAGCCAUUAGGCUGGACUGGAAAUGGGAGCUCAGAGUUAACCUGAUCUGUCCAUUUUUCCAGAGAAGCUAGAUGAGAGGUGAUUUUUGAAUUUUCUUUCAAUUUUUAGAUGGCAGCCAUACAUCUUUUUUUCUUAAAAACGUAUGGGGGUCAGGGGGCCGAUGACAGUUGCAGCCCAUCGGUGACCAGUUUGCAGCUUGGUAGCUUCAGGAAGCCUCCUUUGGCGUCCUGACUUGCUUUGGGUUUCUGAACGUUUUGUAUCUGCAAUUGUGAGAAAUACAGGCCCGGACCUAAAACUUCCUCGACGAGCCUUUUAUCAAGAUUUAAAAUACUCCCACUGGUCAAAAAGCAGAGAACCAAGGUUUGAAAUUAGCAUUCUACGUAGUCUUACUACGUAACAAACGUAAGUGAAAAACAUCAAUGAGGUGGUCAAAUACAAAAAAAUUCUCCGUUUUUCCCAUAAGACAUGGCUUAGAUGGCCCAAUUUAUUAAUUUUAUGUGACAGCUUUCUACCAACACUCAUGGUAAUUAAUGUGCAUAUGUUUUAGUUUGUAAUGUUUUCAUAUAAAUGAACCUCAUAAUAAGCCUGGUUUUCUCCUCCAUUUUACAGCUGAGGAAAUAGGCUGAAGGAAGUAAUUUCUCCCAGCAUCAGAGAGCCAGCAUGAGGAGAGCUGGGAUCAGAAUUUGGUUUUCCAGCUGCAGUGUCCUGUGCUCAUUUCUCCUAUACCACAUGGCCACAUUAAAAAGAAAUGUGUUAGGUUCCAAUUUUAUUUUCACUUCCAAACUUGAUACUCUGAAGCUAACACAGAGACUCUGAUUUUGUAUUAAAAAAUACAUAUGCAUAGGACUAAAUAUAGAGAAUAUUCAUCAAAAUAUUAAUAGGUGUUAUUACCUCUGCAGGGUAGAAUGACAAGGCAAGUCGACUUUAGUAUCCUGAAUUUCUUUUGCAAUGAGCAUAUUCUUUUUCAGGAAAAGAAAGGAAAAACUGGACUCCUUCACCUCAGAACUGUAUUGUUUACUCAUCAUGAGGCAGUUUACUCACCUGGACCUUUAUCUGCAGUCUUAGAGUUUUCAGCUUCCCCAUCUAGCACUGGGAGUGAAGAACAUUUCUUGUUUCUUUUAGUAUCUCUUACCUGUUAUCCUCAUCUAAUUUUAGGCUGGUGGGGCUAAAAUGGUAAAACAAACAAAAAAGCCGGGAAGGGGGGAAUGGAGAGUGUUCUGUGGCUUUUUGCUCUCUUCUAGGCCAACACUCAAUCUAAGCCUCGACUGAAAAGCCGUGGUUGCUGUGUGUGAUCACAUCAGUCCAGGUGGUUUUUAGAGGUGGGAGUUGAGGGAAGGAGUUAUUUUAAGAAACUGACAUUUUAAUCCUACUUCUUCCCCUCUAGCAUGAACUGCAAUGCGAUAACUGGCUGAAAACAGAGCCCUAAUUUUUAAAUGGGCACAGGGAACACACUCUACCAAAACUGCUCUUGUCAAGGUCACCAUUCAGCAAGCCUGGGAUCCUCUCUUUCAGCAAAUCCGGCUGCCUCUACGGUUUAUUCCACCACUCCCCAUCGUCCCUGCAGCUCAGGGCCAUGGUGACACUUAAAAGGUAACAUUUUGAUGCCCAGUAGUUGAGAGGAUGGUCUCCGGUGUACUGCAGGUGUCUUAUCUACCAGAAUUAACGUGACCCUACAAGUGCCUAUUCAUAUGAAGCGUAGGUGUCAAAGAAUGAAGCCAUCCACAGCUACACAGUUUACAUAGUUGCAUCUCCAGACUGCAGCUGCGAAACCCACUGGUACCUAUUAUUCUGGGACUGAAGGACACAGAGAAAACUACCCAACCAGAUAUAACCAGCCCUGUGAGUCCUACCCAGAUCCAAAGAACAGCAGGGGAAACCUCUAAAGAAGAAAUCUUGAUGUUAUGAUUUAGGAACAAGAUGUAGAGAACAGCACCUAGACUUGAUGUACAAGCAAACUGACUCAAGGAUGCCCUCUGCUGAGGUCAACACAAGGCCCGGUUUAUUCAAAUAAUGGCCUGGUCCCCUUCUCCGACAAUAUCUUAUUAAGUCUAAGGAAGUGGAAGUACAAUGGUUGUUCAAUCGUCCAAAAUCAUUUUUUGAGGGAAGAAAAACAAUCUGUGAAAACCCAGGCGUGAAUCAGAUACCACAGAAAUUUCAAACAAGGCCUUUCACAACAACUGCAGCUCGGUAGGUACUGACAACCUCUGCCUCCAAAGCCGGUCUGAGACCAUGAAGGGAACAACUAAACAAAUACCACCAGAAAUGUACCACAUACCAUCAGUUCAGACGCCAUCGUAACGACUCGCAGAACACUGCAGUGUGUCUAACUGGUACGCGCUGCUUCCGUGCAUCUUAUCCACAGCUUCAGCUGAGCCUCGCGCUGCUCCCAACCAGUGGACAUGGCUUCAUCACCACCACAGCACAGUUAAGAAACUAAAGGGUAGGAAGCCAGACCAGCCCGCUUUUCGUGCACUGCCCACCACAGUAAGCCACUCCUUACACUGCCGCGUGAGAAGCACAUUUAUAACGCCCCCAGCCCCACCCCACCCCACUAACCAGCUGCUCUUGGGCAGUGGUUACCAGACUUAAUUUCACACACGAGUUCAAUUCAGAAGUGAAACCAAACCAAACCAACCUAGGGAAUGCGCAGCCUUCUAUUUUGGUAUGGAUAACCCAACAAAUACUACUAUCACUGCCUCUUUUUCUUUCACAGGAAGAGAACGAGGAAAUUUCUGGCUCCAUAGUUUGGGUACACUUAAGAUCUGCGCAUUUUGUAAAGAUUACUGAAAACCCACCCACCCACCCAUAAACAAACAUUGAUAUGCAUGCUAAGGUGACUGGGGAUGAAAUGUACUGGUGUCUGACACUUCCUUUCAAGUGGUUAAAAAUAAGAUGGAAGGUGAUAAAACAAAUAUAACAAAAUGUUAAUAAAUUACAGAAUCAAGGAUCUAUGGGAAUUUACGGUGUAACUCUUUACAAUUUUCUGCAUGUUUGAAAUUUUCCAUAAUAAAAUAUUAGAAA